AUGGACAGCAGCGGGGAGCAGCUCGGUGGAGGUGAGGACGAGGCAGCGUGUACGUCAGCGUCUGAGGGUCUGGAGGAAGGAGAGGUGGAGGGAGAGACGCUGCUGAUCGUAGAGUCUGAGGAUCAGGGAUCGGUCGAUCUGUCACAUGAUCAGAGCGGAGACUCUCUGACCAGCGACGUCGGAGAGGACGGAGACGGAGGCUGGGCCUGCGAGGACAUGUCCUUCUACUGCGACCGCUGCCACAAGUGGAUCCCUGCAGCUCAGCUCCGUGGGGAGCAGCCCAGCUACCUGAAAGGAGAUAACUUCUUUAAGUUUGUCUGCUGCGAGUGUUCAGAGGACGGGAAGGAGAGCUUUGAGAGGAUGAGACUCACCUGGCAGCAGGUGGUGAUGUUGGCCAUGUACAACCUUUCUCUGGAGGGAACGGGACGGCAGGGAUACUUCAGGUGGAAGGAAGACAUCUGCGCCUUCAUCGGCCGACACUGGAACUUCCUGUUGGGAACGAGGAAGAAGACGUCGACGUGGUGGAGCACGGUGGCCGGCUGCCUGUCGGUCGGCAGUCCCACCUUCUUCCGGUCCGGAGCGCAGGAGUUCGGAGAACCCGGCUGGUGGAAACUGGUCCAGAACAGACCUCCGACUCUGAGGCCAGAGGCGGAUAAAUCAGCCACCAAGACCAAAGCUUCUAAACCGGCGGUGGACCCGAUCAUCACGGUGGACGGCCUGAGGAAGCGCGGAGCGAGGAACCCCGUGGAGAGCGCCAUGCAGCUGAAGGAGAAGCGUUCUCGCACUCAGGAGGCCAAAGACAUCCGGCGGGCGCAGAAGGAGGCGGUGGGCGGCUACACGGACCGCAGCGCCUCCUCCACGCCCGUCAAACUGGGCGGAGGUCGCGGCGGCGGCGCCACGCGGCGGCCGGACCUCGUUCUGGAGAAAGGUGAAGUCAUUGAUUUCUCCUCGCUCAGCUCGUCGGACCGGACGCCGCUCACCAGCCCGUCGCCGUCCCCAUCGCCGGACUUCUCCGCACCGGGAACGCCGGCGUCUCACUCUGCUACACCGAGCCUGCUGUCAGAGGCCGACCUGAUCCCCGACGCCAUGCCGCCUCAGGCUCUGUUCCACGAUGAUGAGGAGAUGGAGGCGGAGGGGAUGAUCGACCCGGGGAUGGAGUACAUCCCUCCUCCCAGCUCCAACCUCGUUGCUCGUAAGAAGCUCCGCACAGCUCCUCCGCACAUCAAACGUGAAGCCGACAGCGAGGACGAUGAAGGCCGAGAGCGCGAGGAGUACUUUGAGGAGCCGAUGGGCCGAGGCGAGGGUCCGUCUCUCUCUGCCGGGGGGUGUGUUGGUGCCGGAGGCCCCGAGAGGAGGAGGAUAACUCACUCUGAGAAAGCAGACGGAGCAGGCGCCUCCCAGAGUCCUCGGCACUCCCCCCUCAGCCUCUACGAGGAGAGGAUGCUGCUGCGCCGGCUGGACGCUUGCCCCCUGGCUUUGGCCGUCACUCCGCAGGCCAAACGCCUCCACAGGAAGCUGCUGGUCCGCCAGGCCAAGAGGCAGAGAGGGCUCCCCCUGCUGGACAUCGACCGGGCGGUCAGCGCCACGCUCAGCCUGGUGGGAGGCAUUUACGGCGCCCAGGAGGCAGGAACCAUGAUGGGAGCUGGACUCUUGGGGAAAUACUGCACCAACAGCCAGGAGCUGCGAAUCCUCGAUCGCUUCCAGACCAAACUGUCCAGCAGGAGAGGCAUCCAGCUGCAAACAGUGUCCUUCUGGCAUCGGCUAAUGGGAGCAGAAGGCAGUUUGGACCUGAGUAUCAAGAGUCCGUAUACCUCCCGCAUCCUGAAACCCUUCAUCAGGAGGGAUUUUGAGAACCGUCCGGUGAAGCUGCGGCUGCUGGCAGAGAUCAGAGCUUACCCCCACAGGAAGGAUCCUGAUUGGCUCCCUGAACCCGAAGCCUCCAUCGACUACUGCUACGUGCGGCCGAACCACAUCCCCUCCGUCAACGCCAUGUGUCACGACAGCUUCUGGCCAGGUGUGGACCUGUCAGAGUGCCUGCAGUACCCGGACUUCAGCGUGGUCGUCCUCUAUAAGAAGGUGGUGGUGGGCUUUGGCUUCAUGGUUCCGGACGUGAAGUACAACGAGGCUUACAUCUCCUUCCUGCUGGUCCAUCCUGAGUGGAGGAGAGCCGGCAUCGGCACCUUCAUGAUCUACCAUCUCAUCCAGACCUGCAUGGGUAAAGACGUCACGCUGCACGUGUCGGCCAGUAAUCCCGCCAUGCUGCUGUACCAGAAGUUUGGCUUCAAAGCGGAGGAGUACAUCCUGGACUUUUAUGAUAAAUACUAUCCUGUUGACAGCACCGAGUGCCGCCACGCCUUCUUCCUCCGGCUGCGACGCUGAAACCACGACACUCCGUCACCCGAGUUCCCCUGCAGGACCUGCUGACUCCACUGCAGCACAGUGCCUUGCUCAAAGGCUCCUGGACUGUAGCUGCAGAGGGAGGAGACGAUUCUCUGCUCAGAUUCAUUCAGCUCCGACUGACACCAGCGUCACUGUGUGUUCAUUAAAUAGUGACUGUUGGUGCUUUCAGGAAUCAACAACCAACAAACUUCACAGUAUUCAACAGUCUCAGCUUUGUUCUUCAGAACCAGAAGCUCUACAUUUGAUCACAUGUUCAGUUCUGCCUGUAAAUGUUUCCACUGAUGACCGUUUCAUUUUCGUCUCAUGUGGUUCAGUUUUUCCUGUUCUGUUGUAAAAAGCUUGUCUAAAUAAAUGAAGUAAUUUCUCAUUC